UGAUAAUGACUCAAACAAGCCCCCAGUUUAUUCCAUCAACAUGCAUAGAAAUGAGGUGUUUCCUGCCCCUUUGCCUGCUGCAGCCCCCAUGCCACCAGGUUAUGUCCCCCCUCAAGUGCCUGUGAUGAUGCCUGUCCCUCAGAGACCCCCUGGCUGUCCCCCAGGACUGGAGUACCUGACACAGAUUGACCAGCUGGUUGUUAAUCAGAAAGUGGAGCUCGCUGAAGUUAUGCUGGGAUGGGAAACAAGCAACCAGUACGUGAUCAAGAACAGCGUGGGUCAGCAGGUGUUCUACGCGGCUGAAGAGAACGACUUCUGUAACCAGCAGUGCUGUGGGCCUCUGCGGUCCUUCGUCCUGCGUGUCCAGGACAACUUUGGGCAGGAGGUCAUCACCGUCACACGCCCGCUAAAAUGUGGAAGCUGCUGCUGCCCCUGCUGCCUGCAGGAGCUUGAAGUCCAGUCUCCACCUGGCAACCCAGUUGGAUAUGUCGUUCAAGACUGGCACCCCUACCUUCCAAAGUUCACCAUUCAGAAUGAGAGGAAAGAGCCAGUUCUGAAGAUUGUGGGGCCGUUCUGUGACUGUAAAUGCUUUUCAGAUGUAAACUUUGAGGUCAAGUCUCUGGAUGAGACUGUCAUGGUCGGCAGGAUCACCAAACAAUGGACUGGUUUUCUGCAAGAGACGUUCACUGAUGCAGACAACUUUGGGAUCCAGUUUCCCAUGGAUCUUGAUGUCAGAAUAAAGGCUGUCAUGCUUGGGGCCUGCUUCCUCAUUGAUUUCAUGUUCUUUGAGCACAGUCAGGAGAACUCCUCAGCAGGAGAGUGGUGUAAGUAG